AUGUUGCACGAUUCCCUGGCGGGCGAGGGCGUCACGCCAGAGCUGCUGCUUUAUGUGCCCGUGAGGCGGCAGGACGACUGUGCGUGCGCCGUCAAAAUCACCGCCAAGGGCAACGACGGCGACCAAGGCCGAGGCAACAAAAACAGAAAUGAAGGGGUUGCAGAGACGGAACCGGAUUCGACUCUAACGAGAUGGUCUUUGGCCAAAGAGUGUCUGGAUCGUGCAACUGACGGCAACAUGGUCAGACUGGCAAAGAGACGCGACGCGACAGCAACGCAAUUGGACGACUUAUUAGCUGCCGUAAUAUUAGAAGCCCUGCUCGGCCCCCUCCUGGCCAGAGGUGCUGACAACAUGAAGGAUGAUCUGCGCACACCACUAUUGGAGAGCCGCAUGGAGCCAAUGGAAGAUCGGAUGGCGCGACAUGUGUUGGUAAUUCAAGGGCUGCGGAGACAUAAAUACAACGGCCCAACCCUUUGGGGACUCGGUCCCUCUAUUUCGGAACAAAGAUUCAGUGGAUACAGCGCUUGCGUAAAGUAA